UCACCACAUCUCUUAUCAGCUGCUCUGGUUUGAUUCUUUUUAGUUUUUUGUCUUGCAAACUGACAGUGGAAAGAGCAACAGUAAAAAGGCAGGUUGUAUUGAUGUUUGAGUUGAUUCUCCACAGAAAACGUUGGUAGGGAAUAAAGAACUGGGCAAACCGGAUCUGUUCUGACUGAAAUAGUUUGCUGUUGCAGAACAACAUGACUGAUGAGAAUACAACGUUUCAAUAUGACACCGACUAUAAUGAUGAGCUUUGUCGUAAAGAGGUGGUGGUGAAAGUCGGAUCCUUUGUUAUUCCGAUCUUUUUCAUAGCAGUGAUUGUGUUGAGCUGCAUCGGUAACAUCCUCGUUCUGGUCAUCCUUGCACUCUACGAGAGUCUCAAAUCACUGACCAACGUCUUCAUCCUUAAUUUAGCUGUGUCAGAUCUGCUGUUCACUUUUGGACUUCCGUUUUGGGCCUCGUACUACAUCUGGGGUUGGAUUUUUGGAGAUGUUGGCUGUAAAGCUGUGAAGUUCUUCUUCUAUGUGGGCUUUUACAGCAGCGUGUUGUUCUUGACUCUAAUGACCGUUCAGCGUUACAUGGCAGUGGUUCAUCCUCUGUCUGACUGGGAGAGAUGCAGAGGCCUUUCAAUUUCUCCUUUUAUCGUCUGGAUCCUCAGUGCAACGGUUGCAAUGCUUAAUUCACUUCAUAGCCAAGUCAUGACAGAAUCUGACAACCUGUACUGUGAAUAUGGCAGUGUUGAGUGGAAAUCUGGCAUUGUUUAUUUUCAAAAUGCUUUUUUCUUCACUGCAUUUGUAAUCAUGGGUUAUUGCUAUGGCAGAAUGCUUCGGACAAUCACAAACUCACGGACUAAUAAGAGACAUAAGACUGUCAGACUAAUAUUCUGCAUUGCAAUGGUGUUUUUUAUUGGCUGGGCUCCAUAUAACAUUGUCAUGUUCCUAAAAAAUUUAACAGGCUAUCCAUUCACAGACUGUGAUGUAAGUAUUGGUCUAGAAUAUGCAUAUUAUGCUUGCCGGAUGUUAGCUUUUACACACUGUUGCUUGAACCCUGUGUUUUAUGUUUUUGUUGGUGUAAAGUUCAGGAAUCAUCUAAAAAUGAUUCUGCAGAAGAUCUUUAAAAAAAAAAACCUCAAUUCCGGUCAAAACAGAUUGGCAAAAAAUCAGUCGCAGGGUUCAAUGUAUUAAGAGAAAACUCAAAAACUUUUACCGAUUGCAGUGAACUGACUUUUUAACUUUUAAAACACAGUGUGAAUGAUAUUUAGAGAGAGAUGCUGUUUCAACUAUUUUUAUUAUUAUUAUUAAUAUGCUGGAGCUGAUUAUUUGAAAACUUUGUUGAGCCAUUGCAAAGCUUCUGCGUGAUUAAAAUUGAUAUAAAUAAAGUGCCACUUUACAGGAUAAUUCCUCUCUCUGUCAAGCAGCAAAAGCAUUCAGUUGUGAGAAAAUUAUAACCAGUGUUCUUCUUUUUUUUUUUUUUUUUUUUGUGGUUUAAGUUCUCAUUUUUUGUUGGUAAAAAAUAUAAGUGAAAGUAUAUGUAAUCAUAGAAUCCCACCAACAAAUGUGUCGUUAGUAAUGCAGAAAAUAUUCCAACAUGAAAUUAAAAUAUUUAUAUUCUGUC